AAUGGUUGAAAAUCAAACUAUACGUUUUAUCUAUUUGCGGUUUCGCACUACUAUUAGAGCAAGAUGGAGAAGUACCGAUGAAAAAUCCAGUCCCACAUUUCGGGGCAAUUUUUUUCUUCAUAUUCGCCUCCUGACCCAAUCUAGCUUCUAUCUGUUUACACGCCAGAAAGUCUAGAUAAGUGACAAACUCACUCUGAGGUCGCUUCCCAAGAAGAUUCCCAUUUUAGUGACACCUAUCUGGUCGUGAUGUCAUUGAUAAGUCUUAUCGUUACUUUUUGAAAAGAAAGAACAUAUAAUAAUUGUUUGAAAUUGCCGCUGCAUAAAGUGACAGACCGCAGCAAGAAUAAGGCGUCAAAAAGUUUUGUUGAAACAUUAAUUGGUGAAAUUCGAAAAAAUGUAUUCUCUAAUGGGGGCCAAUAACUAUUAUGAGGGGGACACUAACAGCUUCGAUAAUUAUUUUUAUUAUAAUGAGGAUUUUCAAGCUAACAUGAAUAGUGAUUGGUCAUACCUGAAUGAUAUAGGUAACAAUUACAUGUCAAAGCCGCGACCAGAUACCAUACCAGAAUGGAUAACACAUGUCGAGCAUAUGAAUCUUUUCAACGAAAAUGUCACCAACGAAAAACCGACAUAUGUCGACAAUCCCGACUCUACAAUCCAGAGAACUUGGCAGGGAAAACCCAUGGAAGACUGGACUAACGACGAGGUUCUGGACUUUAUCACGUCAGAGCUACUUCUAGAAUGUUACGAAAAUUCUCCGGAAAAAUCGCAAAGAUUCAGAUGCAUCUCCGGUUACAUUUUUCAACAGCUGACUGAGGAACAUUGCAAGGAGUUGUCCGGAUCUAAGGAUGUUGGGGAACUCAUAUACAGGGCGAAGAACAUGUAUCUCACUCAACAAAUUGGUAAUAGAUUCGAAAAUUGUACUAGUCAUUGGAAUCAUGAUAACAACUGCAUCAUAUCAUAUCCGGUCAAGCUAGAAGGCGAUGUUAUUCAAGCAAGACGACCAGGAAGACCUAGAUCAGUAAGCACAAUAAGGAGAAAAACACAAAAGAGAUCUGAAAAAUUGUGGGAGUUCAUAAUAAAUCUCCUCAAGAAUUCUAAAACCUGCCCAGAUCUGAUCAAAUGGGAAGAUUUUGAAGAGGGUACCUUCAAAUUCGUCCAAAGUGAAAAAGUAGCUCAGCUUUGGGGGGCCAGAAAGAAAAAUGGCAAUAUGAACUACGAGAAAUUCAGCAGAGCACUAAGGUAUUACUACAAAAGCAAAAUCCUUCAAGCUGUGCCUGGAAAGAGGCUGGUCUACAAAUUCGGCCCACAAGCCAAAGGCUGGAGGAUAGCCACCCCUUUAUACUAAGAACUAUUCAUCUACCUACCAGAGGUCCCAACUAAUUCCUAUUCAGUUCAGGAUAGAUUCAAAUCCUCCCUGAAUGCCUUGGCCAACCUUCACUAGGAUCAGUAAUAGUCACUGAUUAAACAGAAGAAAUUUUUAAUAUACUCGCAAUCUAAUUUAUUGAUUCAAUGGAGUCUCUCAUCAAGGUAAUGUUAAAAAUUAGGGAGAUAAUGACUAGGUAUUUAUUUUAUUGACGAUGUGAAUGCAUUUGAAGAUAUGGUAGAGCGAUGUAUGUAGCUUUAAAUCGGAGUGUUGGAUACAUUUCUUGGAUUCCAUAUCUCAGAUUCAUCUGAUUAAAUCGAAUCUUGUAUUUAUGUUUUAUUAGGAUAAUAUUUGUGGUAGAUAAUCGUUGAAUAGUCAUAGGUGUUUAUCUGUAAUUAGGUAGUUUGUUUUUAAAUGUUGUAGUGUUUACAGAUGAAAUAUACUCAUGUGUUUAA